GUACUUUCUAUAUCGUAAUUGUGGCGUAUCGUGAGUUCUGUCUUGUUCUGUCUGCUUCCAUCUGUCAAUUGAUUAAUUGUAAUGGCUAUAGUGUAUAUAUCGUAAUCGAAUUGCCACAUAAAGUUUGAUUAAGUCAGUGUAAAAUACGAAAACGUGUAAAAAGGAUUUUAACAAACAUGGUUCAACAAUAUCAAUCGCCCGUGCGGGUUUACAAGCAUCCCUUCGCUCUUGUCAUGAUGGCAUAUGAGCGUAGAUUUCCAACGUGUCCACAAAUACCAGUUUUUGUUGGAUGUGAGAUUAUGCUGGAUGAAGAGAGCAAGGACGGUGCUAUUAGAACUACAGAAAGACGGUGUAAAUUAAAUGUUGAAGCACCAUAUAUCUUGAAAAAGAUAAUUGGUGUAGAUUUUGUAUAUUUUAUUCAAAGGAAUGUUUUAGAUAGACGCAAUUGUGUUUUAGAAAUAGAAGCAUACAACGAAAGCUUUGCCACUAGAGUAACUGUUAUUGAAAAAUGUAGAUAUUUUAUUCACCCUGAAAAUUCAGAAUGGACUUGUUUUGAACAAACGGCAAGUUUAGACAUUAAAAAUUUCUUUGGUUUUGAAAAUUCAAUGGAAAAAUUAGCAAUGAAGCAAUAUGCUCAAAAUAUUGCUAAGGGUAAGGAGAUUAUUGAAUACUUCAUAAAUCAAUUGAAAGAAGAAGGUAUUACCUUUGUUGCUCCUUGGAAAGAUCCACAGGAAGGAUCUUCUGAAGAGGAAAAGAAAAAUGUGGACGAAAAUAAUGAGUUAUUUAGUGACAAAGAAUUAUGUAAUGCCGACAGCAAACUACCCAGUAACAGAGAAAUGCAGCUAUCUUCGGAUUACAUAGAGAGAUACUUAGGAAAAUUAGAUAUGAUGCAGGAGAGCAAAUUAGUGCAACUUAGACAUAGCAUUGAGGAAUUACGAGGAAGUUCGGUGCCAGGUUAUGCAACACUUCUUCGGUUUCUAAGAGCUACAGAAUUCUCUGUUGAAAAAACUAGAGAAAUGCUAACGCAAUCUUUACAUUGGCGGAAGAAGCAUCAGAUCGAUAAACUUCUUGAUGAAUAUGAAAUGCCACAAGUAAUUAAAGAUUACUUUCCCGGUGGUUGGCAUCACUUUGAUAAAGAUGGGCGACCUUUAUAUAUUUUAAGACUAGGUCAAAUGGAUGUUAAAGGUCUACUUAAAUCUAUUGGGGAGGAUGAAUUAUUAUUACUAGCUCUACAUAUCUGUGAGGAAGGUCUGCAUUUAAUGGAAGAAGCUACUACCGUUUGGGGGCAUCCAGUUUCGCAAUGGACUCUAUUGAUAGAUUUAGAAGGUUUAAAUAUGCGACAUUUAUGGAGACCGGGGAUAAAAGCAUUAUUGAGAAUAAUAGAAAUAGUUGAGGCAAAUUAUCCAGAAACAAUGGGAAGGGUUUUGAUCAUACGUGCUCCUAGAUGUUUCCCUAUUUUGUGGACACUUAUCAGCACUUUUAUCAACGAAAAUACUAGGAAAAAAUUCAUCUUUUAUUGUGGUACGGACUAUCAAGAGCAGGGAUCUGGAGGUCUCGGUGAAUAUAUUAAUCAAGAAUUUAUUCCUGAUUUUCUCGGUGGUUCUUCAGAGACAUAUAUAAUGGAAGGCGGAGUGGUGCCGAAAAAUUUAUACAGAGUGGACUUAGAGGGUACUUCUGGCGAACAUGAACACAGUUUAUAUCAUUCCAUCAGCUUGAGCCGUGGCCAAACUCAUCAUGUGUUCAUAGAAACAGAUGAUCCAGGCGCUGUAUUGACAUGGGAUUUUGAUGUGAUGCGACAUAAUGUCGUAUUUACAGUACUUUACAAAUCACAAAAUGGAGAAAAUGGUGCUGCUGCAGAAGCUCCGGAGUUUGCAAUAGGUGGUGACCAUGAAGUUGUUGCCACAAAAGAGCUGAAAGAUAACUAUAUUAAAGUUGAAUCUAGUAUAGUUUGUCACGAUGGAGAAAGCAUCCAAGGAACUCAUAUCAUGCAAGAUACUGGUACUUAUGUAUUACAAUGGCAAAAUCAAGAAGAUCAAGCUGAAUUUCUUCCAUCUAUUAGUUCUCAUAAAGCUCAACUUAUGUAUUUUUAUGAGACAUUACCAUCGGCACAUUACAGAGGUUCAAUGAUGAGUUUGCAGUCUGCAAUAAGCGGAAGAUCAGAGGCUAGUUCAUCUUUAUCUAGAUGAAAGGCGAUGGAAGCAAGUAUGGAAUUGGAAGAGACAUAAAGUAAUUUUAUUUAUAAUAUUUUAGCGAUAUAGAUGUAUCGCUAAAAUAAUAUAAAAAAAAACACGAAUUUCAUUUGUGUCUCGAAAGACUAAAAUACAAUUCAGAUUGUAAUUAGUCUAUUGUUUUUCUUUUCGACGCGGUAACUUCUAUAUACAUCACCAAUCUAUAAAUACUAAAAUCUCAAGCCUAAAAUACUCACCGACAAUGAUACAACCAAUGUUAUCAUAUAGAUGUUAAACAAUGAUACAGUGUAUAAUAGUGUUAUCUGUUUAAACUUUAUUUUCAUAUAUAAACUAGAGAAGAUUUGGUACUCAGAAUGAAAUCCUGUACAUUUGAUAGAUCAUAUUGCAACGUAAGCAGUAAAGACACCGCGAGAGCAUGUAAUUUCCAGCUCUUAGGUAGACGGUAAUUCAGAUUGUGCAAUUGUGAUCGACAUUAUAAUUUAUAUACAUAAAGAAAGAACACGGGUAAGAAAAAAUGCUCUUCCUUUACGAAAUGAUAAUAUUUUAUUCAAAUUUUGUCUCAAGGAAAGAUGUAUAUAUAAACGAAUUUUUAUAGUAUUAUAAUGAAACACAUUCCAGUGCUAAAUAAAUGCAUUAUGUCGCAUUUAGAUCGCUUUAGUAACGUACUUCCACGAAUCUUUUAAUGUAGUAGUAUGCAAAGAGAUUAACAAGUUGAAAAAUUACACCAAAAUUAUAGUUUAAAAUAUGUUCAUUAAUCAAGAGUUUUAUAAUUUAUUAAUAUAUUAUGUUGUGGUAGCUAAUCGUGUGGUAAUCGGUAGCUAAUUUUUAACUAGAUAAAUAGCUGCCUAAAAAUUAAUAAAAACAUAUAAUAUGUUUAAUAAUGUAUCAUGUGCCAACAAAUGUUCAAAUUAAUGAAGAAUAUCAGUACAACUAUCAUAAAUAUCUAAUUUAUGAUAUAUUUAUUAAGUGUGAACGAGUUUUGGCAGAAAGAUAAUAUUUUAAUAAAUGUUGUUGUUAAUUUUCAGGUAGCCUAAUCCAUUAAUUUUAGAUAACAUUUGUAUAAAUUGUUUAAUAACAAGGAUUAAUAUAACUAAAUCAAUAAAAAUUAAUUCUAAAAUGCAGGAUUAAUUGAAAUACAUAAAUAUUGUAAAUAACUAUAGUCAAUUACAGUGAAUAAUAUAAGAACGUUAAGAAUGCUCAUACUUUUUGAUGGCAAACAUCACAUUAAAAUACACAAGCAGAGAAACAUUUUAUAUAUGACAUUAUCUUUAAUCACCGAGACAUAAUUUGUACAAAUACAAACACUUUAUUAGUGAAAUAUACACCACAAUGAUUGGAAAUAUCUUCCAAUAUAACAAAUUCUGUCUCAGUGAUUGCUGAUUGCAACUAAUAGUUCAAGUAAAGAAAUAACGUAUUUUUUAAAUAAUGAUUUUUAAACGUACAUGAAGCAGAUGUGUUUUUGCUAGAAAUAGGACAUGGCGAAGUGAAAUUAUGUGACCGGCCAAUUAUACCUGUUAAACAAUUCAUUAAAAUACCGCACUCGUUAUUCGGUACUAGGAUACAAUUUACUAUUUUAAGAUGUAGUUAUGUAAGUAGUAGUGUACGCAGAGUGUGUAGUAUAAUAGAUCGUAAUAUUACAUCAGAAAGUAAGAUGUAUAUGAAUUGAUAGAAUUUAUUGUUUGAAUAAUAAAAAAAGAAAAAAUUUGUAGAACUAAUUACUAUCCGAUAAUGCAACAUGUGUCUUCUGUGCAACUAGAAAUUAUGUAAAACCAAUAUUGACACACACAGAACAAUGUUAACAAUAUAAAAUUACUGAUACACUACUAAUUUCAACUAUUACCCAAUGUAGCGACAUGUAGCUAGUAAUAUACUUAUUUCCAUUGUCAUAACAAUGUUGAAGGCAAUAAACUCCGAACAAAUUUA